AUGGGGUUCAUCGACGGAAUUCCGGGGAACCUCAACAACAUCAGCAUGCCAUCCAUGGGCUCCGAUGUCGAUCCUUUCAAGCGCCGUUGUCGCUUCAGUACUAUCUCACCGUCUCUUCAGUACCCUCGUCGUCCGACCUGCUCAAAUCCUUCUCAGACAGAACUAAGCCACAGCUCCAGCCCCGAGCUAGUGGAGUUUACUUUUGAGAAUUCUCAAAAGGGUCAGUUCACGCUGCCAUGGGAGGACAAACCCAAGGCUGUCAGGCCAGCGCCGCUGACGGUGCAGCAGUGGAGGGACUGCUUCGACGACGCCACCGGUCGCUUGAAGGGCGGCGGCGAGACGGCUAUCGGCCGUGUCCGGCUUGGGGGAUGCGACGCGGAGAUCAGAGCCGAGGUCUGGCCGUUCCUCCUUGGCCUGUACGAAGCGGGGAGCACGGAGGCGGAGAGGGCGCAGCUGCGCGCGCAGAGGCGCGUACUGUACGAGGAGAUUCGCGCGAUUGCGGCGCGCGUGGCGGUGAUUGCGCGGCAGGCGGAGGAGGAGGCGACGAGGAGGAUGAAGGAGGAGGAGGAGCGGGAGGAAAGGGAGGAGCGGGAGAGGGAAGCGAGGGAGAGGAAGGAAAGAGAGGAGAGGGAGAGGGAGGAGAGAGAGGAAAGGGAGGGGGAGGAGUCGGAGAGAGGAAGGAGCAACGAAGGCGGCAGCAGUCAGGAGGAGGUCAGGUCCAGCGGCAGAGGGAGUGGAAAUGGCGACGCUAAUGGUAGCAAUGGUGGCGAGAACAGUGGUGUUGGUAACGCGAGCGACGACGAGUUCAGUGAUGCGGUGUGCGUGGACUCGGCGUGCGCCAGUCUGUCCGUCUCCACUGAGUCGUUUGUAGAUGUCGCUCAAGCAAUGGAGGCGGCAGCAGCUGCUGGCCUGCCGGAACACGGACACCUGUCGCCCCCCCAACGGCUGCAUGCCGCCCGGCUGGUGGCGAUUUUGGAGGCAUAUGCGGUGUAUGAUCCCGAGUUAGACGUGUGGGAGCUCAUGCACUGUGCCAGGCAGUUGGCUGCUCGCCUGCCAUGUGUGGGAGCUCAUGCACUGCGCGCGCCAACUAGCAGCUCGCCUGCCGUAGGCCAUGGGAGCUUCCAUGGAGCAGGUGCUGUGCUGCGAGGGGCUCGACGAGGUGCUGCUGCUGUGCAACUCUUUGUCGGGGCAGCUGGACGUGUGGGAGCUCAUGCACUGUGCUCGCCCUGCUCGCCUGCCGUAAGAGGCUGGGGAGUCUGCCAGGUGCUGUGCUGCGAGGGGCUGGUAAAGGCGCUGCUGCUGUGCAACACUUUGUCGGGACAGCUGGACGUGUGGGAGCUCAUGCACUGCGCCAGGCAGCUGGCUGCUCGUCUUCCCUAG